AUGAGUACAAGAAAUAGUUCCUUAAAUACAUUGGCAGGAAAUCUUUUGCAAAAUUUUCUGAUUGAUGUAUUGGAUUUAGAUACAGUAGUUGCCUUACUGAAUGCAAGCGCAUCAGUAAACUCAACAUCGAUUUCAAUAUCAUCAUCAUCGGCGUCGGCAUCGGCAUUGGCAGCAGCAUCAGCAUCCGCAAAUGGCAAAGUUCAGCUUUCGUACAAAGAAGUUGUUUUACAAGAAGUUGCGUCUUUAGCUAUUGUUCUUUUAUGCUCUUUAAUUCCAAUAAUUAUUGGUUCCUAUAGCACCGUUACCAAGCCCAAAAAUGCACGCGAUCCAAGAGAUGACAAACAUGUCAACUCCAAUUAUGAUCCACUGGAUAUGGACGAUCUGCGGUACUUGAUUGCCAAUAUGACAAAUUUGGAGAUGAUUGAUUUUGCUGCGUUGGACAUGAAAAUGGUUCUUUUGAUGCCCGUGUUUGCCGCAGUAGCGCUUCUGGGGAUGUACUAUUGUUUGCAAAAUGGGGUAAAUUUGGAAAAAUUGAUCCGCUGGUACAUGUUUGCAUUUGCGCCAGUAAGUUUUUACAUCACAAUGGAUGGCUUAAUGAGUAUGGGGGCGAGAAAUAUAAGCCAUUGGUUUGGCAAAGAUUCGAAUUGGAUCUUCAAAAGAUUAAGAUUGGCUGUGCUGGAUGAUGUGGAUGCGUUUCCCAAGGGAGAAGUUCAAAAUGUUGCAAAAAAGCUUGAAGGGGAACUUGAAAAGCAAAAGAAGGAAAAAAUAAACAAGGGUGAAAAUAAUAAUCAUGAGAACAACAACAACAGAAACAACAACAACAGAAGCAGUAGCAGCAGCAGCAGCAGCAGCAGCAACGAUUUGGGAGGAGAAAGUUCCAUAGUGGAUGAAUUCAAAUCAUAUUUGAAUUACGAGAAGAUUGCCAUUCUCCCGCAAACAGAUAUUCUAGUUGAAAAUAUUUGCUUUGAUUGUAUUUUGGACACCAAGUUUCUUGUUUUGUUUCCGUUAACUGUUGCUUAUGUCUAUUACAAUAAUCCGGAAUGUUGGAUUUGGUCCAAUAUAACCUCAUUCAUGUUAAUUUUUUCGGCAUUUCGGCAACUUCGAGUUAUGCGUUUUUGCAAUGCGCAUAUUUUACUCAUGGGGUUGUUUAUUUACGAUAUUUAUUUUGUAUUCGCCACUGAGAUGAUGGUUACUGUUGCUACGUCCAUGGAUGUUCCUAUGAAGUUGUACAUUCCUAAAAUAUUUGACAUGGAAAACAAGAGUAUAUUAGGAUUGGGGGACAUUAUAGUUCCGGGAGUAUUCAUUAGCUUGUGUCUUCGAUUUGAUUUGAAUAAUUUUUACGAUAGAACAAAACAACCUUUCCAUCAUUUAAACAAAUUUCCAAAGCCUUAUUUCUGGAGCGCAUUGGUGAGUUAUUCUUUAGGGUUGGUGCUUGCUUUUGUCGCAUUGAACAUCUCAGGAAAGGGACAACCUGCCUUGUUAUAUAUCGUACCUUGCUUAAUUGGUGGGGUAAACGGUAUGGCGUUGUUUAGAGGUGAAUUUAAGAGAUUGUGGCAAUUUUCUGAGGCAAUCAAGUCGUUUGAACAAAAGCAUUCGAAGAAGUCAGUUUUGAUGUCAUCAAAUGCGGAGGAUUACGAAGAUGAAGAUGUCGAUUUUGUACCGGAAGAAAUUGAUGAUGAUUUGGAUUUGUUUAUUGAAAAAGUCGAGAAGAAGCGUUCUGCGUACUAUUCUCGAAUGCAGGAUGAAGAUUGGGUUGAAACCGAUAUUGAUGAUUUGUAUAUGGAGGAAGAGGAUGAGACUUUUAUCAUUGGUGAAAUCAAUUGCGACGAAGAUGAGUCAUUGUCAGAUGAAAUAUCGGAUGGGGAAUUGGCUGCCGAUGUGGCAUACUUGCAAAAGGGUUUGCUAGGGGACCCUAAAGAGUGGUACAGUUCUGAAGAAGAAGAAGAAGAAGAAGAAGAAGAAGAAGAAGAAGAAGAAGAAGAAGAAGAAGAAGAAGAAGAUAUUGAGUAUGAUAAGGAUGAUGAUGAUGAUGAUGAUGAGUUCGAAGAGGGAGAGCGAGAUGGAAAAGAAGAGGAGGUUAUUAUGGGCUAG